AUGACGUCCAUCCUGUCUUUCUUUCUUCUCAUCCUCCUCUCUUCACUAUCACUUGCUUCCUCACAGUAUGCCUUACCGGACCACUACUUUAUCAAUUGUGGAUCAAACUCCGAGGUCGAUUUCACCAACCGAAAAUUCGUCGGCGACGUCAACCCCUCAACUUUCUCCAUCUCCGGUGGCCAUGUCGCCGCAGAAAGCAACAACCCGCCAACCGAUACGCCGGCUAUCUACCGAACAGCAAGAGUUUUCAUUAAGAAAUCAUGGUACGAACUCGAAGCAGAUGAAAUCAACACUUUCGUCAUGGUAAGCCUUCAUUUUUCCCGAUUCUCUACUAAUGGAUUUGAAUUUUCCAAUUCGAAACUCGACGUUUCUGUGUCCGGGUUCUCUCUGUUAUCUGGUUUUAGCACCGGAAACACGACUGUGAUUAGGGAAUUUAUAUUCCCGAUUGGGUCUGAACGAAAGUUUAGAAUCGAGUUUACACCCUCCCGUGGAUCAUCUUCUGCGUUUGUAAACGCCAUUGAAGCUUUCACGACACCAUCGAAUCUAUUCAGGCCCGCCUCCAGUUUCCCACGUAUUUCACCCGCCGGAAGUAUUGGUGAUCUGGAGAAGUUAACAUCGGAUUAUGCUUUCAACCCAAUUCAUAGAGUUAACGUCGGAGGACAAACGGUCAACAUAGAUCGUGACACCUUAAGAAGAACCUGGACACCUGAUGAUUCCUUCAUCUUCAACAAUGGACCAGCAAGAAACGUCACUUUUGAUCGCCGGAUUAAUUAUGUUGACGGCGGAGCAACCUCAUUCGAUGCUCCUGAUGAUGUUUACAAAACAGCCAAACAAUUGAACAACAGCUUGGUAAACAUUACUUGGAUUUUCAACGUCAAUAAGAAUGCCAUGUAUCUGCUUCGAGUUCAUUUCUGUGACAUUAUAAGCACAGCCCUCGUCAGUCCCACCGACGCUUUCAACUUCUUUGUCUACAGCCACCACAAGGAGGAGAUUCAACCGGGUAACACAAUCCGGGUGUUACAAGCUCCGUUUUAUCUUGAUUUGGUAGUGGAAUCCAAUGAUUCAAAUCGUUUGAAUAUCAGUAUUGGCGCAAUUCGUGGUAACAAUCAGCCGGUGUUCUUGAACGGAGUCGAGAUCAUGGAGAUGUUGAAAAUCUCCGGUGUGCGUGAUCCAGUCAACGGGACGAAGGGAAAGAGUGUAUUCAUCGUGGUUGGAUGUGUUGUUGCCGGUGUAGCUUUUGUGUUGGUUUUAUUAGCAGGUUUCUUCAUCAGAUCAAGAUGUGGGAAACGAAAGCAGGUGGUGGUCGGAGCAAAAUCAGAGUCUCACGUGGUGCCAUCACAUGGCCGGAGUACUUCAUACACAGACAUAAACGUUGACUUCACAGUCAACCAUCCAUCACCAGUCCUAGACCUGAAUCUUAGGGUCCCAUUUGCCGACAUAGUACAAGCAACAAAUAAUUUCGAUGAAAAUUUAAUGAUUGGUAGAGGGGGUUUCGGGAAGGUGUACAAAGGGAUACUUCAUGGGACCAAAGUGGCGGUCAAACGAGGCGAACAUGGUCACGGUCAAGGUCGGCCGGAAUUCGUGACGGAAAUCAUGGUGUUGUCUCGGAUCCGCUACAAACAUUUGGUGUCUUUGAUCGGUUAUUGUGAUGAAAAUAACGAAAUGUUACUCGUAUAUGAGUUUAUGGAAAAGGGUACUCUUCAAGAUCAUCUAUAUGAUUCAGAUCUCCCAAGACUCUCGUGGGAGCGGAGGCUUGAGAUGUGUAUCAGUGCGACCAGAGGGUUGCACUACCUUCACACGGGUUCAGAAGGCGGGAUUAUUCAUCGUGAUGUGAAAUCAACGAACAUUUUGUUAAACGAACAUUAUGUAGCAAAAGUUGCCGAUUUCGGGAUAUCACGGUUGGAUAAUGUGGAUGAAGGUGAACAUUCGGAUGUUAAAGGGAGUUUUGGGUAUCUGGAUCCUGAAUACGUUAGAUGUAUGAAAUUGACGCAAAAAUCAGAUGUUUACUCAUUCGGUGUGGUACUGCUUGAAGUUUUGUGUGCAAGGCCCGCUCUCGACCACAGACUUCCUGCAAAGGAAGUGAAUCUGGCAGAUUGGGCAAUUAAACAGAUAAAAAAUGGGAAUCUUGAGAACAUAAUCGAUCCAUUUCUUACAGGUACAAUUAAUCAUGACUCGUUAAGGAAAUUUGUGGAAAUAGCUGAGCAAUGUUUGAAGGAAACGGGAGACGAAAGGCCGAGUAUGAUUGAUGUGUUGUGGGAUUUAGAAUAUGUUUUGAAACUUCAACUAAUGUCAGUGGAUCGUGAGUCGUAUGAUGAUACCACGAUAAAUACUUCAUUUCAGUUGCCGAUGUCGAUAAUUGAUAGGUUGCCUUCUCGACUUAAUGAUGAUUAUGAUGUGAAUGAUAGCUCGAUUUCGAGUUAUCCGAGUGAGAGCCAAGUGUUUUCCCAAUUAAAGAUUGAUGAAGCUCGAUAG